CAUGCGUUUUUAAAACUCCUGCGGAUUUCGAAUAAUCAUUCACCAGCGAGUUCACCUCGUCAAAGGUUGUCUUCCAUCGACACAUUCAAAUACUGGCGAAGUCGCGGGCUGACUCGAAACUUCGAAACCUUUCUAAACCGGAUUUUGGGGGCACAAAAAUUACGAAACUUUAAAGAUACAGAAGCUAUGAAAUGUACACCAAUGAAAUUGCAUCAUCGAGUGGAAUAUCCUAGAAGACAAUUUGACAAAUAUUUUCAAAGCAGAAAUGAAGAUAUACCAAGAUAUUGUACUCAAAGACAUUAUGGAUAUUCUAUAUCUUUUGUUAGAAAACUAUUUGAAGACCAACGAACGUCACCGAAAUUAGCCGUAAAGACAAUUAAUCUACCCGAAAAUUUUUCCUCCUACAAUACAGGCAGUUCGUUGGAAAAAUGGGCGAAGAAAAGGUCCAGACUAAAAUCAGCCCAAAGGAAAGGUCUGAGGGAAAAUCUAGAUGUACUUGACGAAAACGCUUACGAUAUUAGUGAGAUUUUAGAAAGUCUGGACCAAGGAGAUACCGGCAAAGAGGACUGUGUGUCCGAAGUGAAUUCUGAUAUAGAAGAGUUGUGGAAAAAAUCACAGAGGGAAGUCGAAACUAAUGAAAAAAGAGGUAAAACUCACUGUACCAAACAUGAACGGUGUAGAAAAAGAUCGAAACAUAAGUUAAAGAAGUUUAUUCGAUUCUCGUUAUCAAAACCAGCUAGUCCUAAUACUGAACAGAUCAUUAGGGUUGAAAUAUCCUCAACAGUUUCUAUAAGUGAACUGAAUCAUCUGCAGAAAAACAUAGAUGAUCGUAACGACCACAAACGGAAAGAAACUGAUAAUUCUAGUUUUGAUAAAGAAGAGCAUGAUUUCAUCAUACGCUGCAGCCAACUGGUCAUAGAACCUAAAAACAGAUAGUUUUCAAAUAAAUUUACCUAUAUUGUA